AUGUCCCCAACUCGCGCUGUUAUUCCCGAUGAUUUCGAGGUAGUAUUUCCCACCUAAUAAUUUUUCUUGUGAAUGUCGUUUCAGCUCCCCGUGGACGCUUUCGACAUUCCAUUGUGCUAUCAAGGAGAUUUGUCAGGAGUCGUCAUUACCGAAGGUCUUGUGAGAGAUCGAGUGAGACGACUUGCGAAAGGUAACCGUUUCUAAUGAUGCUUCUUACACGUCCAGCUAGCUUCUAGAUAUUCAUGCCGAGAUAGGAAACAAGCCAAUUUCUCUGCUCUGUGUCCUCAAGGGCUCCUACAAGUUCUUCACGGCUCUUGUCGAGGAGUUGACAAAUGCCCGUUCUUCAUGUCCUGAGCCAAUGACCGUAGAUUUCAUUCGUGUGAAGAGCUACGAGGACCAAAACAGUACUGGACAAGUAAAAAUAAAGUUCAUACAUUUUCAUUUAACGCUUAAAACUUCAGAUCCAAAUCAUGGGGCUGUCCAACUUGGAUGAGCUGAAAGGAAAGAAUGUUCUAGUUGUGGACGACAUUUCCGAUACUGGUAGAACUCUCGCUAAACUUCUCAGCACACUAGAUGACAUCGGAGUGAAGGCUGUCUGGACUGCUCUGCUUUUAUCGAAGCGUGUAAAGCGCGACGUGGAUGUCCCUGAAAACUUUGUCGCUUUCGAAAUUCCGGACAAGGUAUUUAAAUUUCGUUUUCAAUUUGUUCCUAAUACAAUAUUAUUUUCUAGUUCAUUGUUGGCUAUGGGCUGGACUACAAUCAAAAGUUCCGCGAUCUCGGACACAUUUGCGUCAUGAGCCCGGCUGGAAUCGAAAAGUACAAAUCGCACUAA